AUUAAGGUUAUUUAUUAUACUUUUUUAUUGUAUUUAUAGAUUAUGCUUUAAGUGAAUAGUUUUUGUUUUGACCGACGGCGUCAUACUUGUUUAAUUUUCGUUCCAACAAUUAGGCUUGAUACUUAACAUUCUAAUAAUUUAGAAGGGACAAUGAAGCAAAUUGUAACAAAUCAAUCUGUGAAGAUUCCAGAAGGCCUUACGGUCACUGUGUCAUCGAGACAGGUCACUGUCAAGGGGCCCAGAGGAGUAUUAAAACGCUCCUUCAAACAUUUAGCAGUUGAUAUUCGUAUGGUCAAUCCUAGAUUAUUGAAAGUUGAGAAAUGGUUUGGAUCAAAAAAAGCUAUUGCUGCAGUUAGGACUGUUUGCUCUCACAUCGAAAACAUGUUGAAAGGUGUAACCAAAGGUUAUCAAUACAAAAUGCGUGCCGUAUAUGCUCACUUUCCCAUUAAUUGUGUGACCACGGAAAACAACACAGUUAUCGAAAUCCGUAAUUUCUUGGGAGAGAAAUACAUCAGACGGGUAAAGAUGGCCCCUGGUGUUACAGUGAUGAACUCCCCCAAACAAAAGGACGAGCUGAUCUUGGAAGGAAACUCCUUGGAAGAUGUAUCUAAAUCAGCUGCAUUAAUCCAACAGUCGACCACUGUUAAAAACAAGGAUAUCAGAAAGUUCUUGGAUGGUCUUUAUGUAUCUGAAAAAACUACAGUUGUUCAAGAUGAAAUAUAAUAAAUUACUUCUAUCCUUGUA